AUUAAUUAAACUAAACACAAGAAUGAAGAACUUUGGUAUAAAGUUACAAAAUCUUUGUAUUUUCUUUCGCAACAUUUUUCAUGGUUUCUUGUUCAUAAGAAAAAAAUUCUUCCAUGGUUCCUUGCCUCAUGCUCUAUCCUUCCAAUUCCAAUUCCAAUUCCAAUUCCAAUUCAACAACUUUUUCAUUCAACUAUGUUAUUUCAUUAUCCUUUCUUUUUUUGGUUACUUGGGUCUCAAGUUUUCUAAGCCAAAAACUUCUGUUAAACCAAAAGACUUUGAUCUAUUUUACACUUCUGUUUCUGCUUCCACUGUUUCUAGCAUGACAUCAAUAGAAAUGGAAGUUUUCUCUAAUUCCCAACUUAUUCUUCUUACUUUUCUUAUGUUAGUUGGUGGUGAAGUUUUUACUUCCAUGCUUCAACUUUUUCUUGAUAGGUUCAAUUUCACCCAAAAAGAUUGUGUCAAAAAUGAAUGUAGUAGUUGUGUUAGUAGUACAUCUCUCUCACAUAAAAUCCAUCAAAUGGAACUUGGUUCGGUUUCUAUGCCUCAAUCAGAAAAUCAUGAUCAAAUUGAAAAAAAUAAUAUUAACGAUAAAGAUAAACUUAAGUAUAAUUCUCUUAGGUAUUUAAGUUAUGUAGUUUUGUGUUAUCUUACUGUGGUUCAUUUUUUUGGUUUUAGUUUGGUCACUUUGUACAUAACCUAUAUACCAAGUGCUAAAAAUAUUCUCCAAAAUAAAGGCAUCAAUAUUGAAACAUUUUCUUUAUUUACAAUAGUUUCAACAUUUGCAAGUUGUGGUUAUAUCCCUACCAAUGAGAACAUGAUGGUUUUCAAGAAGAAUUCAGGACUUCUUCUUCUUGUUCUUCCACAUGUACUUUUAGGUAAUGCUCUAUAUGCACCAUGUUUGAGGCUAAUAAUAACUUUUUUGAAAAGUAUUACUAAAAGAGAAGAAUUCUCUUACUUGCUGAAUAAUUCAAAGGAAAUGGGUUAUGAUCAUUUGCUCUCUACUCUUCAUUGUUGGCACCUUGUUGGCACUGUCUUUGGUUUCAAUGUGAUACAAUUUAUAUUGUUCUGUUGUAUGGAGUGGAGUUCUAAGAUUAUGGAGGGACUAAAUAUCUAUCAGAAAUUAGUUGCAUCUUUGUUUCAAGUUACAAAUGUUAGACAUUCUGGUGAAUCUGUUUUUGAUACAUACUCCAUCUCUUCUGCCAUAUUGGUGCUCUUCAUUGUCAUGAUGUAUCUUCCACCGUACACAACAUUUUUACCAGUAAGGGACCAAAAUGAUGUGAAAAAAGACCAAAAUAGCCUAGUGGAUCGUAUUAUAUUCUCUCAGCUAUCUUAUUUGGUUAUUUUCAUUAUUCUCAUUUGCAUCACUGAGAGACAAAGCUUAAAAGAUGAUCCCCUCAACUUCAACGUCUUGACCAUAACUCUUGAAGUCAUAAGUGCUUAUGGGAACGUAGGGUUGUCAACAGGAUAUAGCUGCUCAAGACAAUUGAAACCUAAUUUAAUGUGCAGAGAUUCAUGGAUUGGAUUUUCAGGUAGAUGGAGUACAGAAGGGAAGCUUAUUCUUAUCUUGGUAAUGUUCUUUGAGACUCAAGAAAUUCAAUAUGAAUGGUGGCAAGGCAUGGCACCUGUCCUAGCUAACAGGGUCAAAAUUCUCUCCAUUUAAUAUACACUUUUAUUUGAAGAAUGAUAGAUCAAGAUCCUCUAUAUUUCUUAGGCUCCAAUCACAUAAAUAUGAAAUUGGUGGCACCCAAGUUAAAAUUGGGACCCAUGUUUGUGCUCCAACAGCUCCAUGUGCUUGUAUAAUAAGGUAGUUCUAGAAUUAAUCAAGACAAGAUAUGGUCAUAGAAGCUACACAUGCAUGGACCAUGUAGAUCCUGUGUAUCUAUAUAUAUGUUUUUGUGGUUCAGUUUUAUGUUAGUGAAGUACUGCAGAGACCCUACAUGGGUGAUCCAUGAACCAUUGUAAACCAUGAACUAGUUUCUUCUUUUACAAAAAUAAAUGAUAUUUAUUUUAAUAAUAUAA